AUGGCUUCCAGCAUCAAGUCAACACUCCAGAUAUCUCCUCUAGCAAUCUUUUCCUCGGUUGCAACAACACCGACGACGACCGUAACGCUCGAUCAGAACCAUCUAGUCGGACUGCGCGGCCUCCUAGUCCUACAAUCCUUCCUCUUUGUCUUUUUCCAGGCCUUCCUACCAGAUGCAGCCAUCGAUUCCAAAAACUUCAAUGGACCAGCCUACCAGACCGGAAUCCGAAAGUCCAUCUCCGUCAUCCUGGCCAACGGGCCCUUGAUAUACGGAUGGAUCAUCUUCCUCUCCGCACGCACAAUCUGCUUACCAUAUAUCUCAAACAAGUCGCGAGAGGUUUGCGCAUCCAGCGUCUUCCGUCGCAGUAUCAGACUCUGGAUCCCGACCUUUGUCGCCUAUUCUCUCUCGGCAGCGGCAUUCAGCACCACAUCUACCGACUACAUUUCAGACUUCCUAACCUCGACCAAUAAUGUCUCCACCAUUGCACCGCUACGUAUGAGCAAUUUUCUCAUCUACUUCAACUCGCUCUUUGAGCUCUUCUGGGUGAACAAGAACUACGCUUCGCAGGCCGCUAACCUCGCAUUCCCAUCUGGCACACUCUGGAUAGUCUCUGUCCUCUUUCAGCAGAGCUAUACCAUCUACAUGACCAUGGUCAUUGUGCCCUCCACCCGAGUCUCGUGGCGUGUCAAAGCCAUGGUCGCCUUCAUCGCAGCAGCCUGGUGGGUACAAAGUUGGGCGUGGUAUAGCAUCACUGGUCUCCUCAUUGCCGACGCAGUUCUCAACAUGGACUUUCAAACCCGGUCUCGACGUGGCCUUUUGAUAGGGAAGCUUACGCUGCCCAUCUGGCCUCUUUAUGCCAUCAUGGCUUUUACAGGCGUGCUGCUGCAAUUCCUCUUCAUCUCGGCCAAGCCAUCUAUGCGCGACGACGAAUUAUACGGCCACACCGCCUUGUAUGAAGAUGGGUUCCUGAAUGAGAACAUGGACGGCAGUCAGCCCAUGACAAGAGUAGACAACUAUCUCAUCAUCCUCGGUGCCUCGCUUUUAAUUGAAACGUUUGAGUGGCCUCGUGGUGUUCUCCGCGGCGGCUUCUUCGUUGCCAUGGGCAGGAGGAGUUUUAGUUGGUUUCUCAUGCAAUCACUCGUCAUCUAUACGGUCGGCAUCAAACUGUACAUGCAAAUGGCUGGAACGGGGAGCAACACUGCUAUGAGCGGGUUCGUGACUUUUCUUGUCUGUCUGCCACUUACCGCCCUGCUGUCCGAGAUAUUCUAUCGUGUCGUGGAUAUACCGAGUAUCGUCGUUGCGAGAAGCUUUUGGGCGUUUAUGACGACAUAA